ACAGGAAGUGCAAAAAGAGCUACAGCAAAACAAAAACACAUUCAAGCGAAAUUAUUCCCAGAAUCACUGUGAGACAGAAUGGACAGUCAAAAUUCAAAGUCAAUGAGCAACGACUCACGCUGCGUAUUUUUUAAUUCAGAAGACUAUCGAUGCGUGGUGAUUUUAACAGUAAAACGAGCCACAGGAACCUUCUCCUUAGCAGGAUGUCUUUUCAUGCUGUUUGUGAUCUGGCUCCUCCGCAGAUAUAACUCUUUGGCUCAGAAGAUGAUUCUCAGCCUGACUGUAGCUGCCUUUUUCGACAGCCUAGCAUAUGUCAUGGGUGAGUCCCAUCCAGAGGGAUCUCUUUGUGACUUCCAGGCCUGGUGGCUAACUUACUUUGACUGGAGUGCCUUGGCCUGGGUUUGCCUCAUCACUUUGAACCUGUACUUCAACCUCGUCCGAGAAAUAAGCACCAACAGAUAUGAGACGUUGUACCAUCUGAUGGCAUGGGGGGUUCCACUGGUCAUGGCCUCUUUACCGCUGCUAAAGGGUUACUACGGUCCCGCAGGAGCCUGGUGCUGGAUCACAGACGAUCACGUAGCCUGGAGAUUUGGGAUAUGGUACGUGCCUCUGUUCUGCCUCAUCUUCCUGAUGAUCUGCUGCUACGCCAGGAUCAUCUGCGUGGCCAAUGAGAGGAUGCAGUCAUGGUUGGGAACUUUCAACCCGGAGAGGGAGCGACGAAAGGUUUCCUUGGCUGAGGAGAUCAAGCCGUUGAAGUGGUAUCCCUCUGUUUACCUGCUGGUGUCUAUCUUUCCCCUUAUCAACAGGCUUCAUAAUGCCUUCUACCCACAGGCUCCAUCCUUCUCCCUCACCUUGCUACACGUCCUGUCGGCACCACUCCACGGCUUGGCCAAUGCCUUUGUCUUUGGCCUGGAUAGGGAUUGGUGGAGCCUACUAAGUCCUACUGGCAUGCAGCUGGCUCUGCAGUCACGGCUGUGUGACAGGACUCGCAUCGGAGAGUACCACCCUGGGGCGGUGCGCUACACACAAGCUGACUUGGUCGACCUCAGCGAUGACGACGACGAUGACACCAACGUGCUCUUCUACUCUCCUGACAUGACCCUGAAAGGCAGAGGGCCCUGAGAGAGAGCUGGACGGAGGGAGACACUGAGAGAGAGAGAGAGAGAGGGUAACAAACGAGCUGGAGGGAAGGAACACGAAGGAUGGUCACAGCCAGAGAGAAACGCAGCGGAUUAGAAACUGAGAGGGAGAAAAAGAGAGGUAGGGAGGCAAUGGAAGGGAAGAUUGGGGGGACAGUCAGGCAGAUAGAAGCCGGAGAUGAGCUGUCAGGUUCCAUUAUUAAUCCCCAUCCUUUACUAUUUAAUAUCCUAAAGACACACACACACUCACACACACACACACUGUACAGAGCAGCAGCUCUCUGCAAUACUAUCAUCAGAGAGGAGCAAGAAAGGAGUGGCUUUAAAGAUCCUCCUAAUGUUAAAGGCAUCUGCUGCAUCCCAAAGGUCUUAAAACGAUUUCCCUCUUUGCGCCUUUUUGACUCCUGCAUUCUGCAGCGUUUUGGCAUACCACAAAAAUGAAAAAAUAAAAGAAAAAACAAAGCAUAAAGGACUGCUGAAAGGCAAUCAUAACAAGUUGUUAGUUUAGCAUUCGCAGCAAUUAUCCUUUCACUUCUCUGCAGGGGAUGAGGUGAAAAGCGGGCCUUUUUAAAAGGCACCCUGUGUGUCAGCCAUGAAAGCAUCUGCAACUACACUGAGACUGAUCGCAGUCCUGAACAGUUUUCCUGCCGAUAGGUGGGAGGUAUGGUACAGUGGAAAUACAGAAAAGGGUGUUAAAAACAGUAAUGAUGACUUGGUUAGACAAGCAAGUCCCAAAGCACAAGGAGUUUCUCCUUCCUCAGUAUUUGGUUUCUGUUUUUCUCUUUGUAUAUGGUAUUACUGUUGUUGCAGCUUUCGCACAAGUAUUCCUUUGAAAGGUAUGUUUUGUAUUUUUUAUGAACUACUAAACUUGUUUAUUAUUCUGUAUUUAUAACAGAUGGAUGUACUGUAUAUAUUUAAGUGUACACUCUAUUUUUAUACGUGCCUUCGACUAGAAUGUGAAGAAAAUGCUUCUCUUGGUCCAAACUCUAUGCUCUCACAUGGCGGUCGUGCAGAGCUGGAUUCAAUUUAUAGCCUUAUGAACAACAACAACAAAAAAAAAAACAGAAAGAAAGAAAGCAAAACGUGUUAUUAGUCAAACAAACACCCACACAGACGCACAUGCUUCUCUCUAAGGUGCCUGUCAAAACAGGUCGGAAAAGAUGACACACGCAGCACCCACGGCCGUAGCAACAGCCUUUGAUGGUUCAUCAUCUCAUGGCCUGUGUCAGUGGUGCUGAGGGGACAAAGCUGAGGUGUGAUUGGCAGGAUAAUAGAGUCACUUUAUAUUCAACCUAGGCCCAUUUGGUUUUUUCCCCCAUAUGUAGGUGGCUUCAUCACUGCCGGUGCACGCUGCCAGCUGUCAGCUGCCGCUCUGACAAGUUGAACUAAUGAACCGACACUUGACCCUUUUUACCCUUGAGUUGUUGAACUUUUCUGCUGGGCGUCAAUGACACCAAAGUGCAACUUUAGUUCGCACACAGAGGCCCACCACUGAAUUACACACACACACACACACAUUUGCACUUGCCCCUACCCCUCUUUUGGCACUGUUGCUCGUUUUACUUGACUGUGCACUCCAUCAAAUAAAUGAGCAGGAGAGACAU